UAAUAAUACGUGAAAGCCUCAAUGAUUCUGUCAGCGAAGUACAAAAUGUAGAAAAUGUAUUUGAAUUGCUUAAAAAGUGUAAUAUAAACUACAGCAAUAUGGAUAACAGAGUUUUGCGAUCGGUACGACGUGAAAUGACACGGGAUGAGUGUAGAAAAUGUUUACGCUAUCUAGAAUUAGAUGCUUAUGGGAAUAUGGUAUCAGUCUUGCGUGCUCAAGGGCCUUUAACUAGUAACAAACAAAGAUUGCUGCAAGAACUUGCUAAAAUUCUUCAUAUAUCUAAUGAAAGACAUCGUGCAGAAGUACGUAGAGCUGUUAAUGAUGAAAAACUCACAAUGAUAGCUGAGCAGUUAAAUGGACCAAAUACUGCUAUAGACUGGAUCAUGGAAGGCCGUCGCUCAACUCCACUUUUACCUAGACUGAAAGCAAGAAAUGCUUUUACAAUGUUAGCAAACAGUCUAUCACUUGCAACUUCGCGUGCUAAUGACAAUUGUCCGAUCGAAGAAAACAAGGAGGAAGAAAAAGAGGUACUAGAUGAAUCCAAGAUAUGUUUCAAAAUUGAAAAAAAGUCAACAAUUGAAGCAGGAUCAUGUAAUGCUCAAGGAACCAUCAACUGUAAGAAAAGAUCAAUACACGAAGCAAAUAAGGUACUAAAUAUUGACAAGGAUCAAGAAAAAAGGCCUAUAAAAAUCAAACAAGAUCUUUCCUCAUUUUCACCACCACAUAAGGUCUUGGUGUUAUCUUCUAAUUCAUUGGAGACAUUGAAUCAUGCUAAUGAGAAUGAAACAUCAAUUGAAGCUAAGAUGGAGCAAAGUGAAACAACUAUUACAGCGCAUCCAGGUGUUACUAUUAUCCCACUAUCUGUAACAUGUGCAGGAUCUAGUCGAAUAGUAGCACCUUCUAAGGAUGUACUCUCAGAGAGUACAAAUACUUUGGUAUCAGUUCAUUCAAGUAUGAACUGUAAUACCAAGGUUACUACAUGUGCAACUAAUUCCACCAAGAACAAAGAUAAAACAACAGUACAAAAUAAGCAUAAUACAAAAUUAUCAGUGAAUACUGGAACAUUCGAUAGUUUACCACACACCAGAAAUAAUGAUACACAAUCAGAAAACCAAGAUAUACAAUUAGGUGCUCCAACUUCAAAACCUGAAGUAAUAAAUACCAGUCCUUGUGUAAAAAAUGUACCUUCGACAGUGCAAUCUAACGUGAAAACUGUUUCGUCUAUUAAAUCUGCUAUAUCAACUUAUGCACGAUUUACAGCUCCUGGAACUAUGGUAUCAAGCGGUCCUGGUCCACCUACUGUUAAAUCUGUGGUAACAACAUUAGCAUGUAAAAAACUGCCAGUUGCGAUAAUCAAUCAAUCUACUGCUAAAAUGCGUGUGACAUUAAAUUCUGAUAAAACUGUAAAUAUAACUAAUCAUCCUAAUACAAAAUUAACGACUAAGACUAAUGUAAUAGUGAUACAAAAAGGAAGUAACAAAGGCAUAAUGCUGUCUCAUGCAGGCAAGGAAGUAUUAGGGAAAGUAAUAAUGGGAGGAAAGAAAUUAUCUGUUGCUAACCAACAAAAUCCAAGUACUGUUAACAUUUUGCCACAUUCUAUCAAUUUAGACAAUGGCAAUCAAGCACCAACAAUGUUAACAGCUACGCAUGUAGAUACUAUAAAAACAAGUAUAAAGGAAGGAGAUAGCAAUGAAGUGCAUUUAAAAGAUACUGGAUCUUCUUUGAAAACUAACAGUACGAUUACUACAUUAGAAGAAACAGUAUGUAGAAAAUCUAAAGAAGUCUGCAAAAAAAUUCAUUCCCAAGUAGACAAUACUAUGGAUCUUACAAAACUUAAAAAAAAUGAAGAUCAUACAAAUCAUAAGCUAUUUGCAGAUAUGCAAGAUAAUUCUCCAAGUAAUCUACAGAGAGAAGAUUCGAUAUGCGGUAUGGAGAUCAAUACCAGUAUAUUUGAAAAUGGAUUUCAAUCGACUGACAUUAACUUAGAAAAUUUUGAGUGCCUGGUUGAAAAUGGUGAUCAUAUCCCAGAAGAUAAAAACAAUUCGAUAUCUGUUACUUAUAAAACAAACCCGAGUGAUUCGUAGUAGUAGAUUAAGAUCUUAAGAAAACAUUUUUCAAUGCUAUAAUAAAAAAAAAGGCUCAUGAUGAUUUAUAGUUUCGAAAACAUACAUUUUAUAUAAGAAUAUGUAUAUGUUCUAUUCAUAAAAUAUUUUAAUACUUUAAAAAUGAAAAAAAAUGUAAUAUAUAUAUAUAUAUAUAUAUAUGUGUGUGUGUAUGUAUAUAUAUAUAUAUGUAUAUAUAUCGUAUUUUCAGUCCAAUAAUUGUUAGAACAUAUGUAUGUGUGUGUGUGUAUAUGUGUAUAUAUAUAUAUAUAUAUAUAUAUAUAUAUAUAUAUAUAUAUAUACAUACACACACAUACACAUUGUUUUUUAAAUAUUAAAACAAAUUAUUAAUCGUGAAACAAAUUAAUUAUAAAAUAAGAUCAAGUUAAAAGUCGGACUGAUUUUUUAUAGCAUAAACAAAUAAGCGCAAAUCAUUGUAAACAAAAUUAUUGCGAUUAUGCACAACUAUCGUGACUUGCAGUAGUUUUUUCUUUUUAUACGAAAGAGUGACACCCAGUGCACGGAUUAAAAUAUUUAUAUCUUAUAAUAUAGUAUAUUUAAUGUUCAUUAAUAUACAUCAGUUUCUUAGUGUAAUAAUUAUUAUUAUUAUUAUUAUUAUAUCAUUAUUAUUAUUAUAAAAACAAAUUGGUUGUGAUUAUUUUAUAUAAUUGUAAUGGAUACAAAAUGAUCUAAGAACACACAUGA